AUGUUGAAAAUAUGGUCUAUGAAACAGAAACAACAGCAAGCCGACAAUGCAGAGGGCGGCGGCGGUGCAGUGGAAACAAAAAAGAAGAAGAAAGUGACUGCUUCUCAGCUACGAGUGCAGCGUGAUCUCGCCGAAUUGUCUCUCGGAAGCACGAUGAAAAUGACCUUCCAUAACCCUGACGAUAUUCUGAACUUUGUUUUAACCAUCGAGCCGGACGAGGGCAUGUAUCGUGGGGGCACAUUCUCCUUCACAUUCUCCAUCAACCAGAACUUCCCACAUGACCCUCCAAAGGUCAAGGGCCAGCAAACGAUAUAUCACCCCAACAUCGACCUUGAAGGGAACGUGUGUCUGAAUAUUUUGAGGGAGGACUGGAAACCAGUAUUAAAUUUGAAUGCGGUCAUAGUUGGGCUACAGUUCCUCUUCCUUGAACCAAAUGCGUCUGAUCCACUGAAUAAAGAGGCGGCUGAAGAUCUACGCCUCAACCAUGAAGGAUUUAAGCGGAACGUUCGAACAGCCAUGGCCGGUGGCUCUGUCAAAAACAUACAGUAUGACCGAGUAACUCGAUAA